AUGUGCCUGAAUUUUCCCUGCUUCCCAUUUAGGCGGAGGCAGACUUUCAGGGUGUUCUCGAAGGCGGACCCCACCUACUCGGUCACAAUCCGAGACGGCCACGUCAUUCUCGCGAGAUCUGAUCCGUCAGAUGAGUUGCAGCACUGGUACAAAGAAGACUACGGCACAAGAGUGAAUGACGUAAACGGGUUUCCAAGCUUUGCUCUUGUUAACAAAGCCACCGGUCAGGCAAUGAAGCACGCCAUUGGAGACACUCAUCCUGUGCAGCUGAAAUCUUACAGUAGUGCUGAAUCUGCUGAUGUUCUUGACGAGUCCAUCCUGUGGACUGAGGCCAAUGAUGAGUUGGGUGAAGGCUUCCGAGCUAUAAGAAUGGCGAAUAACACUGGACUGAAUGUGGAUGCUUUUGUUGGCGAAGAGAAAUCCGGAGGUGGUUCUGUGCGUGAUGGCACUACUGUAUGGCUGUGGCAGUGGCACGGCGGGGAUAACCAGAUUUGGAAGAUCAUUCCCUACUGA